AUGCAUCAAGCCCAAGACUUCGUGCAUAUCCGCACGUUCAGUGUGUCCCAACGCCGCGAAUCCACGCUACCCGGCGUACCAACAAGCACAUCGCUCGUUGUGCGCACGGUGGACCACACACGCGGCGUGAAACAUCUUGAAUUCGCGCCAACCAACACGCCCGACGCGGCCGACGUUACGCUCGACCCCGGAGGCGUCGAGCGUCACGAGCCAGUGCCGACGACGAGUGCCCCGAGAGAUAGCGCCCAGCGUCUUGCGCUCGACCACCACGGCGCCCUCGACCACGGCCUCUCUACGGUCAACCGGUACGAGCGCCCGCCUGGCGACCCAGAUGCACGCGCCGUCCCAAAGGACGUGCGAGCCCGCCUCCACCCUUGGCUAGCUGAACUACACUCAGUUCAAUUAGUGGCGCGCGACCUGAUUAGCGGUACAAGACCAUUCUACCCUUCCUCUGCGGCGCCUCGUCCACGCUCCAAUUCCCUUUCCCUUGGCUCAAGAGGGUCCUCGCUUGACUCUGGCACCCCGGGACUGAAUCUUUGUGGCACGGGCGACACGCAAACCGGCCUCGCGGCCCAGAACACAGGCGACGGCAACACGCCUGCCCGCGGCGUCGGUCCCAUGACCGCACGCAACCUCAAUGGUUGCGGCGUCUGCGUCAUCGUCGCGGGAGAUAAGGCGAAGGGUAUCGCUGAGUUGUACGACGCGCAGACGGUGAAGGAUGAGGAAUGGCUCGAGACCCUCGCUGGGCCCAGCCAGCACUGGCUCAGGGCCCUCCUCACAUCGACGACUAUUGUCCAGGGCACAUUGUACACCGACAACCCCAUGCGCCGUCUCUUCGCUCCUCGUCGGGGCCAGCAAGGUGACGCGCCAACGCUCGUCGCUCUCUACGGCGGAGCUCGCUCGUACGGCCAGCACGAACCUGACUUCAAGGCCGUCGAGAUCAAGUUCGAUCAGGCAUCGCAGUUCCCCUACAAGCCUCGGAAUAUGGGCUAUGCCCCGAUCCACGAGGUCGCUGAGGGUCGUAACAAGUGUAUCAAGGACUUCUACUGGCGCCUCUGGUUUGGCGACAGCGAGGUGCUGCUGGAGAUCAACAUCCGCAAGACUUUCGCUGGCCCCGAGGUGACGAUUGAGACGUUCUGCGCGGCUGUCGGCAACGAGGGUGAAACCUUCAAGACUGUCGAGACCGAGCGCAUCCAGGCUCCCAUGGAUUUCGCGAUUGUUACGGGUUGGCAGGUAAGGCAGUCUCAUUCUGUGUGA